AUGGCGGUUAUGGCGGCCGUGGACCGGGCGGCUGAAGUUACUCAUUUGCAAGUUUGCGGCUGCAAGGGCAUUCGGACCUGUCUUAUUUGCGAGAAACAGCGCCACGGCCCUCCUCCCUGGCAGAUCUCCCUUCAGAAAAAAUACCAGUUCCUUUACUGCCCAGACACAGGCUGGGCCAUGGGGCCUGAGGACUCUGACUUUGAGGGUUGGGCCUUCCCCUUCCCGGGAGUGACAUUGAUAAAGGACUUUGUGACCCCAGAGGAAGAGGCUGAGAUGGUGCGUCUGAUGGACAGUGACCCCUGGAAGCUCUCUCAGUCUGGGCGGAGGAAACAGGACUAUGGCCCAAAAGUCAAUUUUCGGAAGCAGAAGCUGAAGGUGGCUGGCUUCCAGGGUCUCCCCAGCUUCAGCCAGAAGGUGGUCCACAGGAUGGGCCUCUACCCAGGGCUGGAGGACUUCCAGCCUGUGGAACAGUGUAAUCUGGACUACAGCCCAGAGAGGGGCUCAGCCAUCGACCCCCACCUGGAUGACGCCUGGCUGUGGGGCGAACGGCUGGUGAGCCUCAACCUGCUAUCAGCCACCGUGGUGUCCAUGUCCCGUGAGGCCCCUGGCAGCCUGCUGCUCUGCUCGGCCCCCUCCACUGGACCCGAUGCUUUUGAUGGCAGCAUCGUGGCCCCUAGCAGGUCUGUCCCCUGCCAGGAGGUGGAGGUAGCCAUCUCUGUACCCUGUCGCUCCCUACUGGUGCUCACAGGGGCUGCACGGCACCAGUGGACACAUGCCAUCCACCGCAGACACAUCAAGGCCCGUCGUGUCUGCGCCACCUUCAGAGAGCUGUCCCGAGAGUUCCUGCCCGGAGGGAAGCAGCAAGAGCUGGGGCGGGGGCUGCUACAGGUUGCCCUCUCCUUCCAGGGGAGGCCCGUGUGAGCACGUCCCUGCACAAGAGCUGCCAUGGCCCGCCUGGGGACAGAUGCUAGCCUGACACUGGGGAAGCAAACACUGAGCACUGAGGUCUCCCCACAGAUCAUUACAUUCAUUUGGUUUUUGUUUUCUUUUUUUCCUUUUUUUGUUUUUUUUGAAACAAGAUCCCAUGUAGCCUAGGCUGCCUUCAAGUGAAUUCUGUAGCUGACAAUGACCUUGAACUCUUGAUCCUUCUGCCUCCACUUCCAAGUGCUAGAAUUACAGGUGUGCCCUGUCAGGCCUGGCUUUA